AUGCAGUUAGAGUGGGUGAGCACUUUGUGCUGGGUCCCAUGCCCAGGAGCCACCCCUGGUGAUGCCGCAGUAGAUACAGACACCCGCCUGUGUCACUCUGCCUGCAGCCCACCAGCGGAAAUAGGCACUGGGGCAAACCCUGAGUCAGUGCUGAAGGGAGGUGGUGGUCCCCAGCAUCCCAGGUGCUGUGCCCGGGGAUGCAUGCCAGAACUUGCUUUGCACAGAGCCAGAAUAUCCUGUCAAGAGUCAGGGCCAUGCAUGGCACGUACUGAAUCUCACCCCUCAAUGCUUUCACCCUUUCCAUUUGUUCUCUCCCCAGACUCCAAAGUCUUUCUCAUCUACAACACGGGCACGCAGGGCUGCCUGGAGACCAAGGACUCGCUGGUGCGACUGGCCAAGGGCUGCAACGCCAGUUCCACAGCCCAGCAGUGGAAAUGGGUCUCCCGAAAUCGCCUGUUCAAUGUGGGGGCCAUGCAGUGCCUGGGAGUAUCAUGGCAUGGGACCAAUGCCACAGCAGGGCUUCACCUCUUGGCCACCUAUGAGUGCGACCGUGAGUCAGUCAACAUGCGCUGGAGCUGCCGCGGGCUCGGGGAGCAGCUCUCGCAGCAUCUAGGUGCCCGCCUGGGCAAUUCCUCCCUGGACAGGGGGGACCAGGUGCAUGGCUCACAGUGGAGGACGUACGGCACCGAGGAAGAUCUGUGCUCCAUGUCCUACUCUGAGAUUUACACCAUCCAGGGCAACUCCCAUGGGAAGCCCUGCACCAUCCCCUUCAAGUACGACAACCAGUGGUUUCACGAGUGCACCAGCACAGGACGGGAGGAUGGGCACCUCUGGUGUGCCACCACCCAGGACUAUGGCAAGGAUGAGCGGUGGGGCUUCUGCCCCAUAAAGAGCAAUGACUGUGAGACCUUUUGGGACAAGGACCACCUCACAAACAGCUGCUACCAGUUCAACUUCCAGUCGACCCUGUCAUGGCAGGAAGCCUGGAAUAGCUGUGAGCAGCAAGGGGCCAACCUGCUGAGCAUCACAGAGAUCCAUGAGCAGACCUACAUCAAUGGUCUGUUGACUGGGUACAGCUCCACGCUCUGGAUUGGCCUGAAUGACCUGGACAUCAAUGGAGGCUGGCAGUGGUCAGACAACUCACCCCUCAAGUACCUCAACUGGGAGAAUGACCAGCCUGACAACCCCAGUGAGGAGAACUGCGGGGUGAUUCGCACCGAGUCGUCCGGGGGAUGGCAGAACCGUGACUGUGGCAUCGCUCUCCCCUACGUCUGCAAGAAGAAGCCCAACGCCACGGCCGACCCCUUCCUGGCGGACUCGUGGUCAGAGGUGAAGGUGGACUGCGAGCCCAGCUGGCAGCCCUUCCAGUCCAACUGCUACCGGCUGGUAGGAGAGAAGAAGAGCUGGCAGGAGGCGAAGAAGACCUGCCUGCGGAGUGGGGGUGAUUUGGUCAGCAUCCACACGCUCUCUGAGCUGGAAUUUGUCACCAAGGAGAUCAAGCAAGAUGUGGAGGAGCUCUGGAUUGGCCUAAAUGACCUCAAGCUGCAAAUGAACUUUGAGUGGUCAGAUGGGACACCUGUGAGGUUCACGUACUGGCACCCCUUUGAGCCUAACAACUUCCGUGACAGCCUGGAGGACUGUGUUACCAUCUGGGGACCGGAAGGGAGGUGGAAUGACAGCCCCUGUAACCAGACCCUGCCCUCCAUCUGCAAAAAGCCUGGUCGGGUGAGCCAGGAGAAGGAAGAGGAUGACCACGGGUGCCGAAAGGGCUGGAAGUGGCACAGCCCAUCCUGCUUCUGGCUGGGCGAGGACCGUGUGCCCUACAGUGAUGCCCGCAAGACAUGCUCUGACUACAGCUCCACGCUGGUUACCAUCACCAACAGGUUUGAGCAGGCGUAUGUGAGCAGUCUCAUCUAUGGCUGGGAUGGGGAGUAUUUUUGGACAGCUCUGCAGGACAUCAAUGAGACAGGUGCAUUCCACUGGCUGAGCGGUGAUGAGGUGACGUACACUCACUGGAACCGCAACCAGCCCGGUUACAACAAGGGUGGCUGCGUGGCCCUGGCCACCGGCAGCUCCAUGGGGCUGUGGGAGGUGAAGAACUGCAGCACCUUCAAGGCCAAGUACAUCUGUCGACAGAACUUGGGCACCCCAGUCAAUCCUGAACUGCCCAGUCCUUUCCCCACGCCCAGCCUCACUGCCACCUGCCCCCCAGGAUGGAGCUCCGACCCCAAACUUCGUCACUGCUACAAGGUAUUCAACUUCGAAAAGCUGCAAGAGAAGAAGACGUGGAUCGCUGCACAGGAAUUCUGCCGGGAGCUGGGAGCCCAGCUGCUCAGCCUAGGCAGCUAUGAGGAGGAGCAUUUUGUUGCCAACACCCUCAACAAGAUUUUUGGGGAGUCAGAACCGGAGCUUCAUGAGCAGCACUGGUUCUGGAUUGGCCUGAACCGGCGGGACCCUGCUGGGGACCAGAGCUGGAGGUGGAGUGACGGGCUGGGGUUCUUCUACCACAACUUCGACCGCAGCAACUAUGAUGAUGAUGACAUCCGGAGCUGCACAGUGCUGGAUCUGGCCUCCCUGCAGUGGAUGCCGAUGCAGUGUGAAGCCCAGCUGGACUGGAUCUGCAAACUGCCCAAAGGUGCUGAUGUGAAGGAGCCAGAGAUCACAACCCAAGGCAGCAAAGAGUGGGUGAAGUACCAGGAGGCUGAGUACAAGUUCUUUGAACACCACUCAACAUGGCUGCAGGCAAAGCGCAUCUGCAGCUGGUUCCAGGCUGAGCUGACGUCAGUGCACAGCAAGGCCGAGCUGCAGUUCCUGGGCCAGAACCUGAAGAAGUUCUCCAGGGGCCAGGAGCAGCACUGGUGGAUUGGGCUGCACACCUACGAGAACGACGGGAGGUUCAAGUGGUCUGAUGGGUCCCUCCUCAACUUUGUCUCUUGGGCACCAGGCAAGCCUCGGCCCAUCAGCAAGGACAGGAAGUGUGUGUACAUGACAGCCAGCCGAGAGGACUGGGGGGACCAGAAGUGCAUGACAGCACUUCCUUACAUCUGCAAGCGAAGCAACGCGACAGCUGUGAAGCCUUCCCUCUUUCCGGUACCUGCUGCCACAAGUGGGGGCUGUCCCCAAGGCUGGCUGCCCUUCCUCAGCAAGUGUUUCAGCUUCAAUGGCCACAACAAAGGCGAGACAGUGAAGUGGCCUGAGGCGAAGCAGUUGUGUGAGAGCCAGGGUGCCAUCCUGGCCACCAUUGCCAGCCCCCUGGAGCAGGCCUUCAUCACUUCCAUGCUGCCCAACAUCUCCUUGGACCUCUGGAUUGGCCUGCACGAUGCCCAGGGGGAGUUCCAGUGGGUGGAGGGGGAACCGCUGCGGCACGUGAGCUGGGCACCUGGAGAGCCCUCAGGCUGCAGCUCCUCCAGCCCCAAUGACAAGCCGACCAACUGCGUUGUGGUGUGGCAUGGCUCACCCCCCCUCUUCACGGGACGCUGGGAUGACCGGAGCUGCCUGGAGGAGAAACACGGCUAUGUCUGCCAGCGAAGCAUAGACCCGGCCCUGAGCCCUGCGCAGGCACCAUUCCCCCUUUCUCCUACUGGCACCCUCUUUUACCACAACAGCACUUACCGCAUCCUGCAGAAACCCCUCAGGUGGCACGAGGCGCUGCUGCUUUGCGAGACCCUCAAUGCCACCCUGGCCACCAUCUCCAACCCUUACAGCCAGGCCUUCCUCACACAGGCCGUCAGCAGCCUGCAGGCUCCGCUCUGGAUUGGGUUGGCCAAUGAUGAGGGAGGCCGGAGCUACUCAUGGCUGACGGAGGAGAAUCUCAUCUACACCAACUGGCAGGACGGGGAGCCUCAACAGAUCACUGGCUGCUCCUACAUGGACACGGACGGGAGCUGGCGCACAGCUGGCUGUGACACCAGGCUGCAGGGGGGCAUCUGUCAGUUCCAAACAGGUCACCCCCGCACGCACAAGUGGACCUACAGUGGCAGCUGUCCCAAAUCGCUGGAGGACUCGUCCUGGAUCCCCUUCCGGGAUCACUGCUACACCUUCCACAUGGAGAUCACUCUUGGGCAGAAGGAUGCCAUGAAGAGGUGCCAGAAAGUUGGCGGCACAGUGUUGUCCAUCCAGGAUGAAAUGGAGAAUGUCUUUGUGUGGGAGCAUCUCCAGGCGUAUGAGGGCCUUUCCAAGGGGGCCUGGCUGGGCAUGACCUUCAACCCCAAAGGUGGCACCUUGGUUUGGCAUGACAACAGUGCUGUGAACUACUCCAACUGGGGCCAGCAUGACACGGGGCCCAGCAUGCUUAGCCAGAACAGCUGCUACUGGAUCCAGAGCAGCAACGGCGUGUGGCGUCUAGGCUCCUGCACAAACGUAACCAUGGGGGUCAUUUGCAAGAUCCCCCGAGUGGAGGAGAGCAGCUUUUCCAGGGCAGCUCUGCCAGAGAACACAACAACCAUCGCAGUGGUUGUGCUGUCGACACUGGCACUGUGCACCGUGCUGGGGGUCGUCAUCUUCCUGUACAAGCGCCGACAGGGCGCAGAGCAGGGCGCCUUCGAGAGCGCUCGCUACAGCCGCACCACCUCCAACCCCAGUGAAUCUGCUGAGAAGAACAUCCUGGUGUCAGACAUGGAGAUGAACGAGCAGCAGGACUAAUGGCA